CCGCCAGCCAGCCUCGACACCGUGCCUGACUCUGCCGUGCGGCAUCGAUUCCCGCCGGAAAAGGAAUCAGCGGCGAGCGCCGUCGACGGAAGCAAAUCAUUAGACAUCUACUCGUAGCUAGCUAGCUCCUCUAAGAACAAAGGAGUCAUCUAGCUCUAGCUGCGUCUAGAGGAGGUCGACAUGGUUCAGGCCGGACUGGCUCAGCCGGCGGAGGCGCCGGCGGGGGCGGCGCACGUCGCGCUCAAGAUCCCCUCCGGCGGCGGGCCGUAUGCACGGGCCAAGCACUACCAGCUGGUGGAAAAGGACUUGGACGCGUCGAUCGCGUGGUUCUGGAAGGCGAUCGAGACGGGGGACAAGGUGGACAGCGCGCUCAAGGACAUGGCGGUGGUGAUGAAGCAGCGUGGCUACCUGGACGACGCCGUGGACGCCAUCCGGUCGCUGCGCCACCUCUGCCCGGGGAAGCAGUCGCAGGAGUCCCUGGACAACAUCCUGCUCGACCUCUACAAGGCCAGCGGGCGCACCAAGGAGGAGAUCGAGCUGCUCAAGCACAAGCUCCGGCGGAUCUACCACGGCCAGGCCUUCCCCGCCGGCAAGUCCACCAAGCGCGCCCGCUCCCACGGCCGCAAGAUCCACGUCUCCGUCCAGCAGGAGACGUCCCGGGUGCUGGGCAACCUCGCCUGGGCCUACAUGCAGCAGCGCAACUUCAUGGCGGCCGAGGCCGUCUACCGCAAGGCGCAGAUGGUGGAGCCCGACGCCAACAAGGCGUGCAACCUCGCGGUGUGCCUCGUGGAGCAGGGGCGGCUGGGGGACGCCGAGGGGGUGCUCGCCUACGUGGUCGCCGGCGCGUUCCGCGACGGGAGGGAGAGGGAGCACGGCGGCGGGAAGGUCGUCAGGAAGGCGGAGGAGCUGCUGGAGCGGAUCAGGGCGGAGAUGGGUGGAGGCGGCGGUGAGAAGGAGGCCGGAGAGGAGGACGGCGCCGAGGCCGACGAGAUGUCGGAGCUGCUGGACGCGGUGGCCAGGCAGUGGGCGCCGCCGUACAGGAAGAGUCACCGGAGGCUGCCCGUGUUCGAGGAGAUCACACCCUUCGGCAGGGAGCAGAUGGCUUGCUAGCUAGAAGCUCAUGAGAACUCAAUGGAAGCUGUGUGUGUGUGUGCAGUAAGUUGAUCAGAAUAGUGUGAAGCUCAUGCGAACUCCAUAGAAGCUGCGUGUCUGUGUGUGCAGUAGCUUGAUCAGAACAGUGUGAAGCCUCUACGUGUCCGUCGCUGUGACAUAUGUUCUGUGUUGGUGCUCAUGUAUGUAGAUAAAAUGUGUUGCAUGUGCAGUGUACAAGUUCUUUUUAGCAGCUUCAUGUGUACAACAACUAUAGUGUGUAUGUACAUAUAUCAAUAUAUACAGUAUUCUAUUGGUAA